AUGUUCAGCUUCCUACGGACCUCGCGAUCACUGUGGAAAAGUCGGCGGUCCCAGAACCCAGAAUUAAGGUUCUACCGGGUGACUUUUGCACCCUAUCUCUCGUUUCGACAAUGGGGUCGUCCUGUUGUCGCCCUCGGAAUGGCCGGCGGCUUCGUCUACUACAAUAGCGAUAUGUUGGAGAAAUCUUUUUCAAAAGGACCGUUUUAUAUCCCCUUAUGGUUUGCGUCGAGCAAAGCUGCACCCUUGUACGAAGUAGAUGGGCCCGAACAUAAAGAAUACACCGCCUUGAUGAGAGAUUCCAAUCGGCGGGUAGGUGCUGAAGAUGUUGUUCUACAUGCGGUUAAAAAACGGGUUAUGGCUUCACCCCUUGAUAUGGGCCAAUGGGAAGGAUUCGCCAGUCCGUUCUGGAUGACAUUCCGUCUCGCUGCCCCCGGAGUCACAUGGUCGCGGAAAAAUCUUGCAAUUUCAUUUUCAGGCAUUGAAAUCGUCGACCGGCCUGUAUCAAAUCGGAACCUCAUGCGCUUCAACUGCAUCGUCUACCCACGAGCUGCUGCUCUUAGCAUGCAAUCAACUUUUAAUUCCAUGUACAGCUCUAUCAGUCAGGCGGUCUGGCCGGGCGAAGUAAUUACUCCACUAAAAACGAACCCGCCCAAGAAAUCAGAUUCCCCAAAGAAGGAACAGCAAAGAUUAGACGUCCCUCUUCUCCCUUCUGGGGCUAUAAUGGCUAUCCAUGAAGCAGCCGAGAAGGGAGCUGUCACAAUGUACAAAGAAUUGUCUCGUGACUUUCAAAAGAAUGCGCCUCCCCCACCGAGAGGAUGGAUAGUUGCGGACGGAACAGUCCGCCUGGUUGGCACGGAGCUAGUAUUAAUUCUUGAUUUCCGGGUCGCCUUCAACCCAAAGAAUUUUGACCAGCAUUAUGUCUACGAAUUGAGUCCGAGGCACCAUACCCCAAGAUUGGGCAUGAAUAUUCACACCUUCGAAAAGCCCGGCCUGCCACCACCUAGACCUCCGCCAAAACAGCCCCAGAAGAAACCACAGAAGGGACCGCAGAAGCAGCUGCAAAAGCAGCAACACCAGAUACCCGAGCAGGAACAACCGCCGCCGCCACAGUCGCCGCCGGAGAAUGAACCACUUCAGAAGCCAACGGUCCCUGUUGAAGCACCAGACGGCCCUCCUGAACAGCAGCAACAGCGGCCACAAGAGGGGCCACGGCCGCAGCAGGCAGAACAAGAAGUACCGCGGAAGCGGUAA